AUGGCGGAGUGUGGGGCGAGCGGCAGCGGUAGCAGCGGGGACAGCCUGGACAAGAGCAUCACGCUCCCUCCCGACGAGAUCUUCCGUAACCUGGAGAACGCCAAGCGCUUCGCCAUCGACAUAGGUGGCUCGCUGACCAAGCUGGCCUACUACUCCACUGUGCAGCACAAGGUCGCCAAAGUGAGGUCUUUCGACCACUCAGGGAAGGACACAGAGCAGGAUCAGGAGUCACCCUACGAGAUCUCCGUCCAGGAGGAGAUCACCGCCCGCCUGCACUUCAUCAAGUUUGAGAACACCUACAUCGAGGCCUGCCUGGACUUUAUCAAAGACCACCUGGUCAACACAGAGACCAAGGUCAUCCAGGCCACGGGAGGCGGGGCCUACAAGUUCAAGGACCUCAUUGAGGAGAAGCUUCAGCUCAAGGUGGACAAGGAGGACGUGAUGACCUGCCUCAUAAAGGGCUGCAACUUCGUGCUGAAGAACAUCCCACAUGAGGCCUUCAUGUACCAGAAGGACGCCGACCCCGAGUUCCGCUUCCAGACCAACCACCCCAACAUCUUCCCCUACCUCCUCGUGAACAUCGGCUCUGGGGUGUCCAUUGUGAAGGUGGAGACCGAGGACAAGUUCGAGUGGAUCGGCGGCAGCUCCAUCGGGGGUGGCACCUUCUGGGGGCUCGGCGCACUGCUCACCAAGACGAAGAAGUUUGAUGAGCUGCUGCAACUGGCCUCCAAGGGCCAGCACACCAACGUGGACAUGCUGGUGCAGGACAUCUACGGCGGAGCCUGCCAGACCUUGGGGCUCAGCGGCACCCUCAUCGCCAGCAGCUUCGGGAAGUCAGCCACUGCCGAGCAAGAGUUCUCCAAAGAGGACAUGGCCAAGAGCCUGCUGCACAUGAUCAGCAACGACAUCGGGCAGCUCGCCUGCCUCUACGCCAAGCUCCACCACCUGGACAGAGUCUACUUCGGCGGGUUCUUCAUCCGGGGCCACCCCGUGACCAUGCGCACCAUCACCUACAGCAUCAACUUCUUCUCCAAGGGAGAAGUGCAGGCGUUGUUUCUGAGACACGAGGGCUACCUGGGGGCCAUCGGCGCAUUCCUGAGAGGAGCCGAGCAAGACAAUCCCAACCAGUACAGCUGGGGUGAGAACUAUGCGGGCAGCUCUGGCCUGAUGAGCUCAUCCCCGGAGCUCUGCCCGGCGCAGCGGGCGCGCAGUGGGACCUUCGACCUGCUGGAGAUGGACCGACUGGCCCGGCCGCUGGUGGAUCUGCCCCUCCUCCUGGACCCAUCCUCCUACGUCCCCGACACAGUGGACCUGACCCAGGACCCCCAGGCGCGCAAGUACUGGCUCGACUGCUUCGAGGAGGCGCUCGAUGGGGUGGUGAAACGGGCCGUGGCCAGCCAGCCGGAUUCCAUCGACGCUGCCGAGAGGGCUGAGAAGUUCCGGCAGAAGUACUGGAACAAGCUUCAGACUCUGCGCCACCAGCCCUUCGCCUACGGGACCCUGACCGUGCGCAGCCUGCUGGACACGCGGGAACACUGUCUGAAUGAGUUCAGCUUCCCCGACCCCUACUCAAAAGUGAAGCAGAAGGAAAACGGAGCGGCGCUGAAAUGCUUCCUGCGGGUUGUCCAGGCCCUGGACGCGCUGGGCUGGGAGGAGCGGCAGCUGGUGCUGGUGGAAGGACUUCUGGCCGGGAACGUCUUUGACUGGGGUGCAAAGGCCAUCUCCAACGUCCUUGAAUCGGACCCUCAGUUCGGGUUUGAGGAAGCCAAGAGGAAACUACAAGCGCGGCCGUGGCUGGUGGACUCCUACGAUGAAUGGCUCCAGAGGCUAAAGGGGCCCCCUCAUAAAUGUGCCUUAAUUUUCGCAGAUAACAGUGGAGUAGACAUCAUUUUGGGAGUCUUCCCCUUUGUCAGGGAGCUACUCUGUAGAGGGACCGAGGUCAUCCUGGCGUGCAACUCGGGGCCUGCCCUGAAUGAUGUGACCUACAGCGAGUCCCUCCUGGUGGCCGAAAGGAUAGCUGCCAUGGACCCCACCAUCCACUCUGCACUGGGAGAAGAGAGGCUGUUGCUGGUCCAGACGGGCUCCAGCUCCCCGUGCCUCGACCUCAGCCGCCUGGACAAGGGACUGGCUGCGCUGGUACGGGAGCACGGCGCCGACCUGGUGGUCAUCGAGGGCAUGGGCCGCGCCAUCCACACCAACUACCACGCCACGCUGCGCUGCGAGAGCCUCAAGCUGGCGGUCAUCAAAAACUCCUGGCUGGCUGACCGGCUGGGCGGCCAGCUCUUCAGCGUCAUCUUCAAGUAUGAGGUCCCGGCCCUGUGAGGCUCCACCUGCCACACAGCCUGGCGUCGGCCUUGACCUUGCAGAGAAUGUGUCUUUACCACCCCGGGACACCACGGCCGGCAGAGCCCGCGUUUCCCAUGCAGCUGUGACACAGUGCCGGGCAGCUGUGCCCACAGCCAGCAGCAGCAGUGGCCACGCGUGUCACUGUGGCCCUCGGCGGGGGCAUGCGCUUCCUUUCACGUGCGUUUGUGACGGGGACGCGCCUGCUGUCCUCUGGGACACCGUGUUGGAGUGUAUUUAACUGCUAAAUAACUUUUAUAUAUGCAUAUAUAUAAAUAUAUACAUAGGUGUCUGACAGGACGCCAGCAGGUGCGGACACACACCAAAUAGAGUUUUUAAAGCCGGAAC